AUGCUGGUGGAGUGCGGUCCCCACUGCUGUGGCGUAGAGGAAGCGGAGUGCGAAAACCGCCAGUUCUCCCGGGCGCAGUUGGGCGACUAUGAGGACCUCGCAGAGGUCUUCUGGACUGGACCCCUGAAAGGCUUUGGACUGAGGGCACGGCGCACCAUCCCGAAUGGGCAUUUUGUGGCCGAGUAUGUGGGGGAUAUUGUCUCACAGGAGCGCAUCUCCAAUUGGCAGUACGUCAUGUCCUUGCCUCAUGGUCUGGCGAUUGAUGCCUCAAAGGCUGGGGGCCCGGCCCGCUUCAUCAACCACUCUUGUGAGCCGAACUGUGUCGCCCAGCGCUGGCAAGUUGCUGGCCGCUACCGCGUUGGCGUCUUCGCCGCACGCGAUAUUCAGGCCGAGGAAGAGAUCACAUUCAGCUACUCGAGCCUACGAGGGCAAUCUUCGUCCUCCGACGCCUGCCAUUGUGGCUCUCCUUUGUGCUCCGGACGCAUCUGGCAGCCGCCAAAGAAGGCGCCCAAGAAGACAGCAAAGGCAAAGGCUGCCGUCACUGCUUCGUGCAAGCCGACGAAACAACGUCGUCAACGAGGUGGCACGUGCGAUCUAGCUCCUCCCGGCAAGUCAAAGGCAUCAGAGGCUGCCGAGGUCGAGAACGAUGCAGAAGCCGAACAGGUCGAGGAUUGCAAGCAGGAAGCGACGUCAACCACAGCGGAAGAUGCCAGGCAGACCCAAGUUGGCACACCAGUUCGCAAGACCAUUGAGGUGCACUGGGAGCAGCACGACUGGGAGCUUAGUGAGAAGUUUUGCGAGGCGUUCUUCUACAAGGCAGCUUGGCAAAACUCGCCCAAGGAGGCCAGGCAGAUGCUGGAGCAGCAACAGCUCCCAUGCAGCAGGGAGCUGGCCGCAGCUUCAGCCCUUGGCCUCUACUUGCCAUCAGCCUUGCUCUCGGCGAGGGAGUCCCCCUUAUGUCGUUGA